AUUUACAUAUAUAUAUAGAUAGAUAUUGUACUUCUAUAUUAUGUAUUGCAUUGAACUGUUGCUGCUACGUUAACACAAUACAGGACAUGACACAUGACACCUGCCGGUGAGAAUAAACCUGAUUCUGAUUCUGAGAUGGUGGAGGUUUAUGGAGGAUGAGGUGAUGGAUGUGGACACUUGUGCGCUGGUAGGUUAGGACAAGAGGAACUCUAUCACUGUUGAGGCAGAGGGAAGAUGAGGUGAGCACAGAUGUUCGGGAAAUGGAGGAGAUGCAGGUAAGGGCAACAUCAAUAGCGGAGGAAAGGAAACCGUUCUUUACAGAGAACAUACCUGAUGUUCUGGAGGGGAAACUGCAUUCUGGGAACAGAUUCAGUGGAAAUGAAGGAGUUUAGAAAAGUUACAGGAUACUGGGUGGGAAGAGGUAUCGUCAAGGUACCUGUGGGAAUCAGUAGCUUUAUAAAAUAUGUCAGUUGACAGUUUGUUUCCAGAGAUGGAGGCAGAGAGAGGGGCAAAGGGGAGGGAAGUGUUUGAAAUGGACCAAGUGAAUUCAAGUGCAGGGUGGAAGUUAGUGGCAAAGUUGAUGAAAUUGAUAAACUCAGCAUGGGUGCAUGAAGCAGCACCAAUGCAGUCAUUAAUGUUUCUCAGGAAGAUUUGGGAGCAUUACUGGGGAAGGCCUGGAACAUGGACUGUUCUACGUAACCAACAGAGACAGUCAUUACUGGGGCUCAUGCAGACACCCAUGGAUAGCCCUCGAGUCUGGAGAAGGUGGGAGGAGCGGAAGGAAAAUUGGUGAGGGUGAGCACCAGUCCUUCCAGCUGGAGGGGAACUGGUUUGUUCUUUUAUUGAGAAAGAAACAGAGAGCUGUAAGGCCUUCUUGAUGGGGGAUAGAAGUUAUAACUGGACAUUCAUGGUGAAGAUGAGGCGGUCAGUGUCUGGGAAUUGAAAAUUGCUGAGGAGAUUGAGGGCAUGAGAAGUGUCGCGGAUGUGGGUUGGGAGGGAUUGACCUGAAGGGUUUAGAAUGGAGACAAUGCAUGAUGACAAGUUCAGUGGGGCUGGAGCAGGAAUUCCCUUUCAGUUGUACUUUACACUGAACCAGGCUCCGCGCUCCGGGUUCAUUUAUAUUCAGACCUCUCUAAUGUGUUUCUGAUCCCACCCUGACGUGGAAAUUGCCGCGAUUCCUGCCCAGAGAACACUUGGAGCAACGUUGUUCAUUCCCGAGUCUGCAGCGCCCCUAGUGGACAUUCCAGGUACCGCAGGGUUCAGCAGCUCCCGAAAGUGAAAGGAUCCUGAACCGGGAAGUACCGGGAGUUAACAUGGCUUCGGAAGGACAGGUCGAGAGUUUAACCGAGGAGGUAAUUUGUCCCAUCUGCCUGGAUUUCUUCACCGAUCCGGUGUCACUGGAGUGUGGACACAACUUCUGCCGCACCUGUAUCACACGGUGUUGGGAAAGGGAGGAAAGAAACUCCUGCCCGGAAUGUAGAGAGGAGUUUGCAGACCGCACCCUCAGGGUCAGUCGGGUGUUAGCAAGACUGGCUGAAAAAGCUCGAAAACUGCACCUGAAGCCGAAAGGGAAGGAAAGUAAACGUUUCUGCGAGGAACAUGAGGAAGAACUGAAGCUGUUUUGUGAGACGGACAAGACACUGAUCUGCCUGAUCUGUAGAGAUGCGCGGGAACACAAGUCUCACAACUUCAUGCCGGUUAACGAAGCCGUUAACAUUUACCAGGAUCGGGUUAAAUCUUCCUUGGACUCUCUCACAAAAAGACAAGCAGACUUCCAGGAAAUGGAGCAGGAACAGAAAGAGAAGAUUUCUGGAGUUCGGGAGCAGUCACAAAGUGUUCAGUCCCAGAUCACAUCCCAGUUUGAUGAACUGCGCCGGAUUAUCACCGAGAAAGAGCAGCGUGCACUCCGAGAUAUCAGGGAAGAAGAGGAGAGGAUUCUAAAUCCAAUGGAGAAAAAUCUUCAAGUAAUUCAAGAGAAUUUAAAUGCCAUCUACAAGGAAAUUUCAAAGUUACAGGAACAGAUGGAUCAACAAGACAAUAUCAUAUUCCUCAUGGAGGAAGCUCGUCGGAAGAGGAGGAUUAGUGAUAAUUUCCAGACAUUGUCAGUGACAGACGGUGCCCUAUUGGUUGGAAAAUUCGAUCACCCCUAUUUGCUCGACAUAGCAUCGGAAGAAGUGAUUGGCGGCAUUAAACAUGUCUCUGUCACCCUGGAUGUGGAAACGGCGAAUCCGUGGCUCGAGGUGUCUGAGGAUCGGAAGAGUGUGAGAUUGACCGGGACCUGGAGGAAUCUCCCUGACACCGGGAAGAGGUUCACAUACUGGGCUUGUGUGCUGGGAUCGGAGGGAUUCACAUCGGGGAGACAUUACUGGGAGGUGGAGGUGACGGGGAAUCAGAGCUGGAGUCUGGGAGUCGCCGCAGAGUCUGUGGAGAGGAAGGGAGCGGUCACACUGAGUCCGGAGACCGGAUGCUGGACCAUCGGGCGGUUUAAUGACGGGAUGUGGGUUUACACCUCCCCUGUGUCCCGUCUCCCUGCCGGUCCCAUCCCCGGGAGGGUGGGAGUUUAUCUCAGUUACGAGUCCGGGACAGUUUCAUUUUACAACGCGGAGACCAAGUCCCAUCUCUACACCUUCACUGGGAAUAAAGUCACGGAGAAACUUUAUCCUUACUUCGGGUUUGGAUAUAAAAACCAGUGGCUGAGAAUCUGUUCCGGUUCCGCUGCGGGUCUGUAAACGGGUCGGGUCCCGGGACCGGUGUCAGGAGUCAGUCAGUGUAAAUAUAAAUGUGCGGAGAGUGAAAUAAACACGAUGUGAGAAUUAUCGAUCCAUUAAUUUUAACUG